AAAAGAUCUUUUUUUUGACGACGACGACAACAAAUUCAGGCAUUCAACUGCUUUUCCGUGAGUCAUGGCGUGUGGCGGGUUCAUGUCUGCUCCGGUGUGUUUUAUUGAAAACGAUGAAAAUGGGAAGCUGCGUGUGAGAAAAGAGGCCAAAGACAUUCUGGAUGGGAUCAAUGAGCCGGUGGUGGUGGUGUCUGUGGUGGGACUCUACCGUACGGGGAAAUCUUACCUUAUGAACCGCCUGGCAGGACAACAGACAGGCUUUGCUCUCGGCAGCACUAUUGAAUCAGAGACCAAAGGUAUCUGGAUGUGGUGUGUCCCUCACCCCUAUAAAGAAGGACACACUCUGGUGCUGCUGGACACAGAGGGACUUGGUGACGUAAGGAAGGGGGAUGAGAAACAUGACACAUGGAUCUUCUGCCUGACUGUUCUUCUCAGCAGCAGUCUAGUGUACAACAGCUUAGGAGUCAUUGACAACACGGCACUGGAAAAGCUGCACUAUGUUACAGAGCUGACGGAGAACAUUCGUGUGAAGGCAGAAGUGGGUCAACAUGAGGACGAGUCGGCAGAUUUCAUGCGUGUUUUUCCAUCGUUUGUCUGGGCUGUUCGUGACUUCACUCUGCAACUGAAAAAGGGGGAUAAACCAAUAACAUCAGACGACUAUCUGGAGGGUGCAUUGGAAUUAAAACAAGGUAGCUCACCUCAGACGGUGCAGUAUAACCUGCCACGCAGCUGUCUGCGGAAUUUCUUUGCGGUGAGGAAGUGCUUUGUCUUCCCUCGGCCUGCUAGUAUGGAAAGCAUGUGGAGAAUGGAGGAGCUGACUGAGAAAGAACUGGAGUCAAAGUUCCUUGAGCAGGCAAACACCUUCUGUCGUUACAUCUACAACAAUUCAAAGACAAAAACUGUCAGUGGCGGCCGUACAAUUACUGGAACAGCUCUGGGUAAUCUUGCUGAGGUUUAUGUAGAGGCGAUCCGCAGCGGAAAUGUUCCAUGUCUGGAGAACGCAGUCGUGUCUCUGGCUAAGAUCCAGAACGUCCGUGCAGUGGAGGAGGCCCUGCAGCUCUACGUGACAGAGAUGUUCAACUUGGUUCAGCUUCCAAUGAACCCAGAAGAACUAUCCAAAAUCCACACAGUUGCAGAGAAGAAGGCCAUUGAAGUUUUCAUCACUGUGUCCUUCAAUGACAAUGACCAGAUCUACCAAAAAGAGCUCAUGGGGAAGAUUUAUGAUGAAUAUCAACAGAUGUGCCAGCAGAAUUAUGAUGCAUCUCGCAUGCAGUGUGAGGAAGUUCUGCAUGAUGUGUUUGAUACACUGGAAAAGGGCAUUUCUGACAGAUCAUACCUGAAACCUGGAGGAUCCCAAAAGUACAUAGACAUGCUCAGACAGCUGUCAGAAGAGUACAGAGCAAGAACAGACUCACAAAUAAUGAGUGAAGCAGUGUUGAGCAAGUUUUUGAAAACAAAGGAAGAUAUUGGAAAUAUGAUUCUACAAGCUGACCAAUCUCUCAAUGCAGCAGAACAGGAGAAAGAGGUGGAGAAGAUGAAGACAGAGAUUCUAAAGCAGCAGAAAAGAAGCCUAAAGAAACAGAACCGGUUACAGGAGCAGGCAUUUAAAGACAUGCAGAGAACCUAUGAUGAGCAUGUGAAUCAGAUCAUUCAUCAGAUGGAAAGAGAGCAGGACAGAAUGAGAAGAGACAAUGAACGAGUCCUGGAAGCCAAAAUGAGAGAAAAUCAAGCUCUUUUAAAGAUGGGCUUCCAAUGGGAGGCUGCCCGGAUGCAGAGUGAGAUUAACAGCCUGAAAGCAGACAUGGAUAAAGAGAAAUCAUCACAACACUCCAUAUUGGGCCGGGUUUUGAAUUGUAUCGGCACUGCAACAACAUGGCUCAUGCCAGGCUUCACCCCUAAACUGAUUGGUGUUGGUAUUUCACUGUUAUCAAAUUUUUUUUUAAUACAAGCUUAUUCACACACACCUAAACAUAUAUAACUUGAAUCAGAAUUACUAUCCUCCAGCAGUAUGUCAUUGUUUUAGUCAGUGAAUUAGUCAACUCAAUUCAUAGGCAUUGCUUACUCACAAGAUGCCAAUUACUUUGAAAGCCCAGUAUAUUAACCUCUAAGCAAGAAUCAACAUUUGUCAUGAACAAAGCUGUUACCAAAGUGAUCAAUACAUGGGCCCUUUGUAACUUUAAGCAAUGUAUGCACAGAAUGUUGUAUUUUGUUGUAUAUUUUUGUUAUAUUUUAUUUCUUUACUAUGUGAACACUACUGAUAUACCUAUAUAUUAACCAGGCCGAAGAACUGGCUGAUUAUCACUGUCAACUGAUAACUGUGUACAACUGACCAAUUAACAUUAUUAAUAGCUCUCUAUAAUGUUAGUGCCAAAAUCUAUCAACAGCACUUUCAUCAGAUAAUAAAGAGUUUGUUUUUAA